UCAAGCAGAGAUGGUAGUGAGCAGUUGUAUUGAGUCUGAGACGGCAGACUUUGCAGAAUCCUACCCCCUUCUGGAGCAAGGGUGUGCAACUUCCAACAACACAUUAGAGAUUGUUACAGAACAAAGCAAUUCCAAGGUUUACCGCCUUGAUUUGAGCUCCUUGAAGGCCAAAGGAUCUACGAUGUAUGUCCAGUGCACAGUCAAUCUGUGCAUUGCCACCGGGCCCUCUCAGAAGUGCCCUGAUCUGUGUACCCGCUCCAUCAAUCAAAGGUCAUUAUUGGUUGGCAGUGUGUUUAGCAGCGCCUACACCGUUCGCUCAGGACCCGUUAGCCUCGUGGUCACCACUCCUGUACCGGCCACAACAACCUUCAUGACUACUACUACAACCACUACUGCACCAACUACAACUAAAACUAUUACUGUUACUGUUCCACAUACCACAGCUGCCCACAGCACCACCACAUCACAUGCGCCAGAACAGGCCUCAGCCAUGGCAGCAGGAGUGAUUUUGACAAUCAGCAUAUUUCUUCAAAACAUCGUCCUUUACUGAACAUACUGCUGGAUAAUGAUAUGUCAGGAUAUGAAGCACUACAUUUGCCUGUUUUGGACAUUUGAAGUUUUAAUCCACACAUGAUUACGCCGUCCAUGUUAAGCUUUUCCAGAGAAGCGAAUACAAGCGAGAGCACCUUACAUUACUGUCAAAAAACUAAAAUAUAUUGCUGCACU